GUUUGAAAUGAGACUCCAAGCUGUAUAGAAGGUGAAAAGAGAAGAAAAAAAAAAAUAAAAAUCAUUGAAACAAAAGGGCAAAGAAUAGUUGCAUAAAGAGAAAAAUCCUGUUAUAGUUCGACCAAAAGAAAAAUAUCAGUGACCCACUAAAAGCAUAUUCACACAUACUUUAAGUGAUCAAGAGCAAUUAAAAUCCCCCACAAUAAAGCAUUGAAGAGAGGAAAGAAACAAAAAGUGAAACAGAUUCAAAUUCAACUUCUUUGUUGUUGUUUUUUCAUCAGUCGGUUAUCUUAGCUGCUUUUGCUUGCACGCUGACUAUUCCGUUCACUCCACCAAAAAUUUACUCACUAUUCGUUUUUUUGUUGUAUUGACUGCUGUAAGCUCAAUUGCAUUACAGUCGUUGUUGAAGUGUCGAGAGAUUUGUGCUACUUGUAGAAUAAAUUAGACGACGGCUAUUUUUUUCCAACGCUUCACUUUCGAAAGAUAAAACUGCAAGUUAAUUCAAUUAUAAAAAUAGACGUGUGACUGAAUUAUUGAUAAGGAUUCAAAAAUAGAUAUCCAACAAAUCCACACCAAGAAUUAAAAGAAUAAAGUUUAAUUAAAAUGAAUUUAAGAGACAGAGAAGUUUUGGUUUGCUUGAUUGUUAUAUCUUGCAUAGUUCAUGCAACAUCAAGCAAUGUUCAGGAAUUUAGUGAUUUUCAAUUCCUUAGUAAUGUAAUCGAACAAAAAGCAGUAGUUCAAUUGGAUACUAAUUCUAAAACAGAAUCAGCAAAAAAUUUAACAAUUUCGGAUCAACAAGAAGAUAAGGAAAAAAACGAACCUAAUAUAUUUGGCAAGAAAGAUAGUGAAGAAUUAGGAAUGGAUACCGUAACAUUAAUUUGGUAUCUCACAACAUUUACAGCCCUUUUUGGGUUCUUUAUUGUUAUGGCUUGUACCGAAAAUUCAUGUAAUCAAAGGAGAAACCAAAAGCCAGUUGAAACAAGAAACCCAACACCUAGUCCAUGUCCAUCAUAUAAACAUUUUGCACCUCCAACUUAUGCGAGUGUUAUGAAUAAAAUUAAUGAUCCAAAGGUCUUCAUUGUUCCAGUUCAUGAGGGCAGUAACAACUUUUUCACAAAUCCAGCUGAUGUUCAGGUCCACAAUCAAAACAAUUCAGAAUUGAAUAUCAAGAACGAGACAACAAUGACAUUGUCACGAUAAAGUGUCAGUCAAGGAUAGAAAUGAUAAAUGCCAUAAAAUAUUCUUGACAGUCAACGCUUUUCAAUGAACUUGAUGAAAAGCAUAAAAAUAAUCAUAUCAAAUAAGAAGAAAAUUCUUUAAGUUUGAAGAAAUUACCUUAAAUUGAAGGUAUGUAAAGUGGAAUGAGAUUCUCAAUAUUUUGAGGAGAAUAUCUUAAAGUUUAGAAGACAAGCUAAACUACUUCAAGAAAAAUCCAAAGAAAUUUCUAAACAAGUUUUAGAAUUGGACUUAAAAGCUUUGAGAAAAUCAUUCGGAAUAAGAUGAAACCUUAUUCUAAUCCUUUAAAUAAACAGCAGUUAGAUCCAACAAAUACCAAAGAAAGAAAGCCGAACUGACGAAAGCGGAAUUACUGUAAAGCUUCUUAUCACCUCUAUUAUAAUUCCGAUUCUAUUUUUGUUUUGACAACAGCACUGCUGGUUAAAACGCAACAAAAACUAAAGGCGAAACAAAGCAAACGCAGACGUUGAUUAAUGUGGUUCAAGGUCGAAUGGAGUUCUAUUGACGACAUUAAAUUACAUUCAAUCGAUGCAAAGCUGUAAACGAGAAGUAAAUGAAUUUGUGUGAAGAGAUCGAUUGCAAUUAAGUUAAUUGUUAGUUUUUCUUCCUGAUAGCUCAAAAUAAUUGAUCACUAUUGGAAUCGAUUUAUGAAUGUCAGUGAAUAUAAUGGGAAAUUGAGUGAAAAAACUGAUAAGAUGUAGGAAGACAAUUAGGGUGGGAUAUUUUUGUGUGUGUCGUACAACAAUCGGAAAACAAUGAAAAAAUAAUAAAAUUAACAAGAAGUUUGAGGAAUCACGUAGAUAAGAUUUGAAGAUUGUGAUAGCGGAAUUGAUAUUGGAAAUUUAAGAAACGUGACAUUGAUUCUAAUGUGAAGUUUGUGUUAAUGUUGUGAAAAUUUAAGUCGCUUCUCUUUGUUGAUUGUCUGAUUCGAAAUUUAGAUUAAGUAUGAAUAAAUUUGGCAAAAAGAUGUGACAACCUCUAAUCCACAAAAUUCAAUUAUAAGAUGUUAUCAUUUCUGUAUAGCAUUUAGGAUGAAAUGUUUCAUGUUUGACAAUCACUCGAGAACAAUAAGUUAUCAUUAGAGCAGCCCCUUUAUUUGUCAUUCCUAUUUAAAUUGUUCUGUCAAUAACUGAUAAUUUAAUUUAAUGCCGUGAUUUUCAUAAAAGUUUUAAACAAUCAAAUAUGUUGAACAUCCAGUGAGUGAAAAAUUCAGGAAACGUCAACAUUUGAAAAUGUAGGUCAUUUCCCAGGUUAUAUCAUUAAAAUAACAAAAGAUAGUUGCAUACGCUGUAAUCAAAUUAUAUACAGUACUUGAUAAUAAUUGUUAAAUGAGCUGGCAAUACUGCACAC